AUGGCUUUCCUGGGAUAUGAAUCAGCGUUCCUUAUAGAGAAAUUGUGGCAUUGGACUUCUUUCUCACGCUCUGGAUCAAGGUCGGGGGCGUCAUGCGAGAGACAUGAGUAUUCAUAUGCCCUUCAGAGAGGGGCAACCUCUCGUUGUAGUUUCUCCACGAGCGAUCUGCAGAUCGGCGAGAAUACAGCAGCAAUUACUACACCGCUGCGAAAGAGCAAGCGAGUAAGAGCAGUUCCAAAGACGGCAACGGCAAUGGAUAAUCAGCAAUCAGAGACUGCCGAAGUUCGGCAAUUCAUAGAGGACUUCAGUUAUCGCAUCCUGGCUGCUGCGAUGAGAGACGACAGUAGCAACAAUGAGAUCUCCGACAGUGAGGAUGAUAACUCCAACUCUGACUCCGACAAGGAUUUGAUCAAGACAGACACUGCCAGCAGCACCUCAGCAGGCCUCGAAAGCGACCCGCGAUCAGGAUCAGGGUCAAGAUUACAUCCUGACCAACACAAUGGCCCUGCUCGAAGAAACUUCAGAGGCAAACGAAGCCCUCCACGCGAAGAUCGAAACCAAGCCUUCCGCGAUGCAGGCAUCGCGCAGCCGUUUCCAUACAGAGAAGACACACCAAUAGCCACACCAGAAUUAUCACCCGCGCAAGGCCGCGUCAUCCCAGAAGUCGAACCCAUUCACAGCGAACACAGCUUUUCAAAUGCCAUCUGCCGAUCCGAUUCACUACAUACCCAUCUUCAACGCGCAAAGGUCAUUGAUGUCGAUCUCAUCGUUGCAGUCAGCUAUCUAGAAGCUGCUACCCACGCCCGCAAAUUCUCGACUGAGAGGAGGCUACAGAGGCUGAACGUCGACCAGAGAUUUGCUGCAGAAGGACUCGAGGAUUGCAAGAAUGCUAUCAAACGACCAACUUUUAUAAUGGGGCAUAGUGCUGAUGAAGAAGUCACGCAAGGACAGACUAUGAUUGAUGCUCAACUACCACUACGUGUAGUCUAUCGAUACGCCAGCUACCUAGAGCAUAGAAUCUUCACCAAGUUCGAUGUAGACAAUGCGUACUGGAUACGUUUCCAGAUGAUCGGCGCUACAACCACUACAUUCGUGGCUGAGGCCAGCAUUCUGAAGUUCUUGCAGAACGCUGCCCCUCGAGGAUCACUGCUCCGCACCAGCAAGAGAGACAUCAACGAGAUCGCGCAGCUUGAAGUCGCCACCGCAGUCAUCGGCAAAGGACGUCUUAUCAUGCGGCAAGCUGUCCAAUUCCUGACGGACGCCACCAAUAGCCGCCGUGAUUUGUCGCGCCCUGAGCUACACAGAUACCGUUCAACUACCACCCAGAACGCCCACAGUGUGCCAGAGGGCCUGGCAUCUCUAUGCUCCGCUGGCAUGGCCGAGGACAUCUACCUGCUGGGGCUGGACGAUGAGAAGGAAAAAGGCGGCAGUCUCCAACGAGUGACUUUCUAUCCUGGCGAAGAAGCCAAGCUGCUCAGCCAGUUUUGGCGGCCAACAAUGCUCGAAGACCCGCACGAUUAUGUCUCGGCGAUCCACACCGAGUCCUUCAGCAGGCCCGCACUACUGCACCCCGGCGAGGUAAUGGAGAUCGCCCAGAUGGAGCCAUUUGAGCCCCGUGGACCAGGAAUGUAUCGAUACUUACUGGUCAUGGCCGACUGCUUCUCACAGUUUCUGAAACUACCCGAAAUAAUUGAUCUUCUACGACCCCGACCCAGGCACCGAUAUGGGAAUGACGGAAUCGCUACUGGGGGAAAGGGAAUGCUUAUCAUGACCGGAUGCGCGAGUCUAAUCGCAUCAUCAGGCUCAUCCGAAAGCUCGUGGACGAAUGCAGCUCCAUUCUUUAGGAAUCCAUUUGGCGCAAAAUUUCAGUCUCCCUACAUAAACAUCAUCUGUGCCGACUUGAGUACAGUCGUGCAUGAAGAAUGCGGGGUUCUGAGAGCUCAUCAAAGUCGGGUUGCACUGUGCCUGAUACAGCGCAACAUGUACCUGCCAACUGGCAUCUACAGGCUCGAAGCGAAUGACUGGCACUGCAGCGGCCACUAUAAGAGCCAUCCGGCGCCCAUAAGCAAGGGCAUCCGACUGAAUUUUUCAGCAACUAGGAUCAGGAGGCGAUGGAAAUCGUGUACGAUGCACAUCGACAUCAUUCGAGGAUUUUCACUAGGAGACAUCGAGUCAGGCUUCACCUCAGACCUCGUCACGGCUGCUGAACGCAAUGUGGAACGCAGUCGAAGACGAAAAAAAAUCGGCUAUCCGACGGGAAACCUCUUGAUCCUGAGAAAAUCUGGAGGUGCAUGCAGCGGCUCAAGCAGCAUGACCACGCCCAAGCAAGGCACAUCAAGAAAGCUCAACCCCGGCAGAAGAGCCAACAGCUACUAUAGACAGGACUCCUCCGCAUUGAUAAGCCAGCACCUGACUAAGAGCACUCGUUCAUUAUCCAUUCACUGGAUGGAAGGACAACGCAAGUGUACGAAGCGCACCGUAGCAUUGCCAUCAAUAACCACGGACGAUCGAGGAAAAGAAGGGCAAGGUUUGAGCUUGAAGUGCACUUACUUUCCGCCCUUCGAUUAUGUCGGUCCUAUGAUACACCCUACAUACGUUUCCGACUCACGCCUGCUAUACGAUAAGAGAUUGGAUUGA